AUGGAGGACUUUGCGAAAAAGCCACGUUCGAAGACGAACACUUUGUCGCAAAAGGAACUGAAGCAGGAGAGCAAAAGUUGGGAAGCCAUUCAACAAUCCCUUUUAAUAUACCUUCUGAUUGAGAACGGAUACUCCAUCACAAUAGAACGGCCAGACAAAUUUGCUCACCUCUCAAAGCACUUCUUUGUCGUCACAAACGUCAGAAAGGGCUUUGUCGACAUCAACUUCGCAGAAGAAGUCUCUUGCACGUGUCAGUCGAUGCUGAAGAAGGAUGCAACGACCGACCAAUCAAAACAACUCAAGAGACACUUCGACAAGUCCAGAGCAUCGCUUUGUGUUAAUAUGUUGAUUGAUUUAACACAGAAGUACGGAUACGACUUUACCAUCAGAGGGACUAGAAGUUCAAUCUACACUAUUAAGAUGGAAAAGUUCUGCGAGAUCUCAAAGAACGGGAAAGUGCUCUACGCAAAAGACGACAUCGCAAGAGUCGGUGGGAAAGUCAAUGAUUCCCUCAGAGAGAUUUGUAUCGACGCAAGUGGAAGACAAACCGUUGAAGUGUCAUACAGGGAUUUGAAGAAAAUCGAGGAUGAGGAGAACUCAGUCACCUUCGAAGAAAUUGUUUCGCGGUCUACUUCGCGUGGAGAAAUAAUUGACAGACCACUCAGCCCUAUUUCAGCCUUUAAAAGAGUUGAAAUGGGAAGAAAUUAUUUCGUCCUCUAA